UGCGCAAUGCAGAACUGCCUUUUCCAACAGGUGCCUUUGAGAGAUUCCUCUCUCAGAGCUAUUUAACGCAUUCUCAAACCGAACGUCAGAAGAAUGAUGGAAAUACUUUUUCUCAACAUGUCAUAGAUCAUAAAAUAAUACGAAAACACCUUAAACUGGAGUAAAACUUUUGUGCGCUCCCCUGAGGAUUUACGCAUGGAGAAACGUUCACUUUUUUGGAUAUAAUCCAUACACAUUCUAUUAACUGAUAUCGUUUCCUUUUUUUUUUUUUUUUGUAGGCUACUUCAAAUGAAUUAAUCGAUACUGAUUCUAAACAGAGUGAUUUUGUUUUCCUGCACUGGAUCUCCCCAACGUGAUCUUACCUCCUCUUCUCCAACAUCUGUGAUCGAUUGGAUUGAUUGGGAAUACAACUAGCUCUUGACAGGGACACUGUUUUGCUCUAUUAAUAAUGACCAUCACAUUGAGUUCGCCAAACUGAUAACUUGGGCUCAGGUGAAAGUCUGAACUGGAGGACGAUGAAGACAGUUUCAUAUAUUCUUGCUGCGUUGAUCUUCUGGAACUCAGCAGCCUGUGUAAGUGGAGAACAAGAACCAUUUCUAGAGCCCUCUAAGUCCCCCUGGGAUCUGCAGUCUUUGGCAGAGGAGGAAACGCGUUUACCCUGUCGAUUCAAUGUAUCAAACCAUGAGAUUAAGGUGGUGCAGGUGUUGUGGGUUCGAGAGAACUCAAAUGGAGAUGAAGAACAGAUUAUCACCGCUCAUUUCAGUGAAGGACAGACAGAAAGCCCAGCAUAUUCAGGGCGUGUGCGAUUCCAGACCAGUGACCCAAUAGCAGACUCUGCUCUGAUUAUUAUGCACACAAGUUCUGCAGAUGAGGGCAAAUACAUCUGCAAAGUCGCCACCUUCCCCUCUGGAAACUUUGAGGCAGAGAUUUCGCUCACAGUGUGGACUAAACCCAUAACCUCCUUGAAUCCAUUCAUCCUGAUUGAGGGCCAGUCAUACCGUCCGGCUGCUACAUGUCGUUCGGUGGCUAAGCCAAUGGCAGCCCUCUCCUGGGACACAGAGCUUGCGGGUCAGAGUCAGAACCGGAGCUUGGAUGAUAUGGUGGCCUCAAUUCAGUUUUCCCUCCACCCUCUCCGUAGCAUGAACGGACAGAAGCUGGACUGUCUGGUCUGGCAUCCAUCUCAAAACGGCCCCCAGAGGAUCUCCAAUAAACUUGUAGUACACUACCCUCCGAAUGCACUGAUAUCUGGCUACGAGGACAGCUGGCAUGCUGGAAUGCAAGAUGCCAUGCUACAGUGCAAUGGCGAAGGAAAUCCAAAACCUCACCGAUUCAACUGGACGAGGAAAGGUGAAGCUCUACCAGAGGGUGUGACGGUGGACGGCGGCACUCUGCGCUUUUCUAGGCCCCUCCUCUUGACAGAUCAAGGAGAUUACGUCUGCACUACCACCAAUCUGGUGGGAUCUGGAAGAGCUGAGAUUUCAAUAAGUAUAUCAGAGUCGCUUCAUGAGCACACAACAGUGAACUACAUGCUGAUUAUUAUUAUUGCCGGUGUUGCUGCAGUGGUUGUUCUCACUCUUAUCAUAGUAAUAAUUUCAGUAAACCGCCACUAUAAACGAAAGAAUCAACAACUGGCCAUAGAGCUGAAUGAAAAAAAGGAGGAAAUCAGCACUCUGUCAAGACAAGCCUCAAUUAGGAGAGUCAACUCAGGCAGCACAGACAACAGAUACUCGGACGACAAUCAUCCUUUAAGAGUCGAAGGGACGAUACGCACAAGUCUCUCCUCACUGGAUCGUCCUCGCUCUAGGGAUAGUCGUUCCACACUAGGAGGGGUGGACUCACUCGGUCGCCCUGCAAUUUAUAACACAUCCAGAAGAGGUCGAGACAAACUGACAGAGAGAUCUGAUAGAGACUCCACUCGAAUGAUGAUGAUGGAGUCUUAUGAACAGGACAGUAACAUGUCACAGGAAACCCAACUUCUUCCUCCUCUCCACCCCUCUUCUUAUACAAUGGACCAGCCCGUUGAAAUUGGUCGAUCUCGGAACGGCAAUGCCAUUCUCCCAGCAGAGGGGAGGCCGCAAUCAGGAGGAAGUAGCAGAGGGGGCAGCAGAGGGCAUCACUCACCUUUAGUGCCUACAUACCCGACUCUCACAGACGAAGAGGAAGAAGAUUCUGUUAGCCCUACGGAUUCAGGAGUCCACAGAGGUUUAAUGGAGCCUGAUGGUUUUGAAAACGGCGGCAGCGAGACGACGAGUUCUCAGAUAUCUGAGGCGCUAUCCAAUCACUUUGAGCGCACUAAUGGCACGCUACGGCCCAAGUCGAAACCCAACAACAUCCUGCUCCCGGCCAACGCAACACAUUUCCUCCCACAGCAUAGCCCAACUAUCCACAAAGCUCAGAUCGUUUAGUGUUUGUUUGGAAACGUCUUGCAUUAGAAGAGUCUUAAAUUUAUCGCCAUUUAAACUCAGUUGAUAUUACAGGAGAAGGAUUUGCUCUUCUGUAAAUUCACUCUUCCAAGUGCUGUCUUGACAAUAACUUACCUAAAAAUGGAUCUAUUAUAUAAACUUUUAUAUGAGUACAUUCCCAAGAUGGCAAAAACAUGAACAGAACUAUCAGGCCAUCAUCUAACCAAACUCAAACCUGAAAAACAAUACCAGCAUUACUCAAAUAGUCCCUCAAAUAGUUGCAUAAUCCAGUAUGUAUUCUGGAACUGGGACGCUUGAGCAUUAUGGAGCACAACAUGUGUUUCAGGUACAGAUUAACCAGACCACCAAAGCUGAGCUCCUCUGUGUGACCUGGGAAUGGAAUUUAAGAUCUUUUUUUUAUUAUUAUUGCAACAUAAGGCUUCACUUGAAUUGCCAUUGAGGGAGAAAACACUACAUGAACAGUUUUCUGGUCAGUUAAUCCUUCACUGUGACUUUAUGACCUUAAUGUCUAUAAUCCAAAAAGAUGUAAAAUGGUGUUUUGAAAUGUUUUUUUUUUAUGUGUCUUUUCUGUGUUUUUACUGGAAACUACCCAGUGCAUGAAUAGUAUUAUGAAGUAUUGCAUUACCAUAUUUUGAGAAUGACUCCUGCAUGUUCACAAAAUGUCAUUGCAGGAGUGACAUUGUCUUUGUUUACAACAUUUAAACUUCAUUAUGUACUAAAGCUUUAAAUGUAUCUAGUUUUAAUAAGCAGGUAGUGUUACUGCAAGCUUCUGAGAUACUCCUGUGACCUUUCUAUCUAACAAAAUAUAAAGCCUUAAAUGGGUCCUGAUGGUAAGUAAUUUUGGUGUUUUCAGUUCACUACAUUGUAUGGGGGUGGCGUUAAUGACCAGUUAUUAAAUCAACACUAAUUAUACUGCAUGUAUCCAUGUUAGAUUAAUUUCAGAAAACACAAUGUUGAAUCAGGACAUCAUUGUUUGGUACUUUUCAGCCUAAAUCUUAACGGCACAAUCUGAGGUGUGGUGAUUCACCUAGAAAUGUGCGCCAUAUUAACUAUAAUUUCCACCAAAAUAAUACAUUAAAACAGUGCAUACUUCGGGAUUAGACACCACCAUUUUAUAAAAUGAGAAAAAAAAGAAUGGAACCUAAUAAAAAUUUAGUAUAUUUCCCAAUAUUAACAAUAACAAUUGUAUCAAGUAUGCAGGGCUACCAACUUUUGAGUUCAGCUUGGAGUGGGAAUUGAGGGGAAGAGGGGUGGUAUUGUCACAAAUUUCAAAAUGUUCCUCUAUAUACUACAUUUUCUCGUUAACUAUACAGUUUAUGGACAUUGAAUGGCUUUUCUGAAGUAAAUGUAACAUUAUGUUCAGGGGUGCACAUAACUUUUUUGGACUGGUUCACAAGGGAGCAUCUGGAGAUGGUACUCAAACUUUACGCAACACUCUUUAAGCCCCGUUCACAGCGACAAAGCAACAGGAUCCCAUUAAUUUCAAUGGAGCGCUGGCUACUUCAGGUGACACGAGUGACAGUGGCCGUUGGCGACAGAACAUAGGCGUGUCAAGCGACGGGAGACACGUGACAAAAGUUCCGAAAUGUCAACUUUAUGCAAAUUUGAAGCGAAUUUUGCGAGCGACAACCAAUAGGAGUGAAGGCUCUCUGGAGCUCACGUCUCCGUCUCGAGUGCAGGCAAGACAGACAGGACAUAGUUCCGGAGCGAUUUCGCUGUUUUAUAUGAUUUGACUGUAACCACAUACAUAUAAUAAAAUGAUGCGUGGAAAAGAAGCGGUUGGCAGUCUUGUGAGUUUGAUUCAUACAUUGAUAGUUUGUGUUGUUAAUUAUAUGAUGCUGUGAGCAGAUUAGCACUGCUGUAGUUUAUAUUACAGUUUCCCCAUGCAUUUUGUUGGAUUAUUAGGGACAAGAAAAUUGAUUACUUGUCAAAUUCGAAUGACGUUUUAGUAAUUUUUGAGUGAGUUUAAUUAGUUGAAUGAUCGACAGUUAAUCUAGUUAAUGAUUUAAUGCGCUGAGCACUACAGUCACAACACUCUACAACAGCAGAAUGUUACUUUUAAUUCUUUUAAGCCUAAUUUCUCCUAGUCAAAUUAGAAGGAUUUCUUAGUUUUAUAUAUCAUUUGUGAUUGAAUUUUCUAUAGAUAUGGCCAGACGUGCAGUCUACCAAUUACAUUACAGUGACAUCACAAGGAACGCCCACAAGCGACUUCACAGUACAGAGACUAGCGACAAGCAGCGAAAAAGUCACUGGCGGUGUGAACGGGGCUUUAUCCUACAAGUUGUCAUGAUCACUUUCCUCCUGACUGCUCUCCACACUAUCUUCUUUGCUCUCGAACAUGGUAGAUGAUGAUGAUGAUGUUUUUUUUUUGUUUUGUUUUUUUAACACUAAUGACACAGACAACAGGAGGAAUAUUAGGCUGCUGUCACUUUAAGACCGAAUAUCCGCUUGUUAAGUCGUGACGUAAGCGACACCGUUUCCGGGUCCAAGCCUCGACUCGUUUCACUUGAGAAUGCCAUCUCGAUGGCCGUUUAUGAGCGCUAUUUAUUCAUAUUAAACAUUUAACAUUUUAAAAAGUUAAACAUUUAAAAUACUUAGUCUAAUAUUUUAAUGAUUUAUAAAAGAUGAAUCACUGUCUGGCCAUCUGGGAUUUUGGUAUGGAGAUAAAGGUUAUGAUUAUAAUUUUUGGUAGUAUUACACCACAUCGUGUGUGUAUAUGAGCACCGUUUGUUGUUUUGGGUAUGAACGUGAC